CCGUUACGUAGGAUGGAUCCACUGCACGUAGGUCCGUAGGACUGCGUGUUUUCAGAAUUUGGCGCGAGGUGGUUCCAGCAGGAUUGAAGGGUGGAUUUGGAGACGCAGAACACCACCUCCGAAGAGACCAACUACAAAAAAGUUGAUACCAUGUCGGUUACCUUGGAAACCACAACACCCGGGGUACCGCUCUCCCUUCCCGCCCACUUCUCUCUGGCAGAGCAGUCUUUCUUCCUCAAAAAGCGUCACCCCCCUUUCUCCUUGUCCAUGUCCAACUCCUCUGACUCUUCUCCUGUGCACCUUUCACAUUCCCUGCCUCCACUGGCCCCAUCUAAGGGCUUACCCUCUGUGAGCAGGAUGUUCCUCAAGCCUCAGUCGCCGUGGACACCGCUGUCCGAUUCCCUAAGGAAGCCCGUUCGUCCAAAUUCAGUUUAUGAUCCCAAGAAAUCGCAGUCCUAUUUUAGUCAGUGCUUCACUAAUUUAGGACUACUGGGAUGUGGGUCCUUUGGAGAAGUCUACAAGGUGAAAAGCAAUGAAAAUGGCCGCUUGUAUGCUGUGAAGCGAUCUGCUUGUCGCUUCAGAGGCAACAACGAGAGGAACCGCUGUGUUCAGGAAGCCAGGAACCAUGAGUGCCUGUGUCCUCACCCUCACAUCCUGAACUUCUUUGCCGCCUGGGAGGAGUUUGGUCGCCUGUACAUUCAGACAGAGCUGUGCAGCACCAGCUUACUGCAGUUUGCUGAGAACCUGCCUCUCGGCUCAAAUGAAGCUGCGGCCUGGGACUAUCUGUGCGACCUCCUCUCAGCUCUGCAACAUUUGCACUCUCAUGGUUUUGUCCAUCUGGACCUGAAACCUGCAAAUAUCCUCAUCACUGACUCCGGCCGUCUUAAACUGUGCGAUUUUGGGCUGCUGCUCCAGCUCGGACGCAGCGAUGCAGUGCCUGAAGGGGGGAAAGUAAUGGAGGAUGCACAGGAGGGCGAUCCCAGAUACAUGGCCCCUGAGCUCCUCCGAGGAGAAUACGGACCUGCUGCAGAUAUCUUCAGUUUGGGUGUUUCGAUUCUGGAGAUUGCAUGUAACAUUGAAAUCCCAAAUGGAGGAGAAGGCUGGCAGCAGCUCAGACAAGGCCGCUUACCCCCAGAGGUUACCGAUGGCCUGUCAGCUGAGCUACAAAGAAUACUGCACAUGAUGCUCGCUCCAAAGCCCUCUGAUAGGCCGUCGGUCUCUGAGCUUCUUGCAUUCCCUUCCAUCAGGAGACACAGGUGGAAGAGACGCAUUUAUCUGCUGUUCACUGAAAGUUUACUGACACUGACCUCCAUAUGCCAGCUGGUGCUUUGCUUUGGAUGCAAACUGCUGUCCUCGCUUCACUUGUCCUUUCUUCCUCAAUGGAACAAACCGCUGCCCAGCACACCUUCCAGGGACAGCUGGGACAGGGAUCUUACGUUGUCCCUCAGUGCCAUCAACGCUGACUCGGGCAGCCCAGAGCGUGAUGCAGUGUUUCUGAUGGAUCCAGCUAACCCAGAGCCUUCUCCCACCUACUCGGACAGGGUCCGAUCCAGACUUUGGUCUGUAGAAAGUACAUCCACUCCCCUCCAAGCAUCUCAGGCCAACGGUCACCACAGCCCUGUCCACAGAUCCCUCCACUCAGAUUUCAGAGACCAAGCUCAGAACCGGUCCAGCAUGGAUUCAAGCCCAGUCUGUGAGACGCUCACACCGAAUGCAAGUCCCUGUUGUGCAGACCUCGACUUUGUCCACAGGAGUGGGAAGUCAACGCCCAGCCGGCCCUCUUCCAACAAGUCCACUAGGUGGCCCCAUUUCAACUUGGAUGAAAUAGACGGGGUUGUACCCCUAGGUAACUUUGAACCAAAGAAUCUGCUCAGCCUCUUCGAGGACAGUGUUCAUGAGGAGAAGCUGUGAGUGUAAGGGAGCUCUGCCACAGCCCCUGAAGUUCUGUUGAUCUAAAAAAACAAUAUACUGCCAAGUUCAGAGAAGCUGUUUGUGGUUUACUGUUUAAUACUCCAACAACAGCCUAUUUAAUAUGUAUUUGAAAAAAAAAAAAGGCAUGUAAAGGGAUAAAUGUUGAAAAGGUAAUUAACCUGAAAGCACUUUGAUGUUUGUGUUGUUACAGUCUGUUGCUACAGUUGAAUGUUGUGGUUUAUUGUUAAAAUUAUAAGGUUUUGCUUCAAGUCCUGUACCUCAGCAAUUGCAUAACAAAUAAAACCAAGGAGGAGAGCAGAUUCUUGUCAAAAUAAA